GUUUGAAAGUAAAUGUUGACCGCAAGGACCUCUUUUUAAAUGGAUAUACACUUUCCGGAGUUUAUGGAAUAAACCCAUUCCGUAACGAGACUCAGAUCCAAGUAUUCUGUGACAUGGACAUCGUAGGAGGGGGAUGGACAGCAAUUCAAAAACGCAGGAGUGGAUCAGUGAGUUUCUACAAAACUUGGGCGGAGUAUAAAACAGGCUUCGGGAACCCGGAGGACACGUACUGGAUUGGAAAUGACGUCAUUCACCAACUUACUAAAGAAAGAAACUCAUCCCUCUACGUUUCUAUAACAUUACAAAAUGACACAAGAUUGUACGAGCUUUAUCAUCAGUUCUCUGUUUCUGAUGAAGCCGAUAACUACAGACUUUUUCUUGGAGGGCCAGUUAACGGGACAUUGGGUGACAACAUGCUUAACACUCGACGACCCGAUAGCACAUUAAAUGGGAUGUCCUUUAGUACGCCUGACCGAGACAAUGACCUGGGCGCGGAUCGUAGCUGUGCUGCGGUUUUUAAGGGCGCAUGGUGGUUCCGGAACUGUUACUCGGCCUUUCUGAAUGGCCCCUGGUCCAGGGAAUGGUUAUCUCCCUGGAAUCCGCCGGUAGUUAACGGAGAGGAGAUAAAGGAAACGGUCAUGUUGGUCAGAGCAAACUGA